CACCAGCUCUGCAGCCCGGUAACGGCACCGUCAGCCCCCGCACACACGAGGCCCUGGGGGGGGGCAGGGCAUGUUCAUUUUUUAAUAACUACCUGCUAAUUCAGCAUCAUUUACGGUCAUGUUACUGCGCUAUUGACAGCUGAACAGAAGAAGGGAAGGAUGCGGGCUUUCCUGUAGACACCUCCGCCGUGUUUUUCUUUAGUUUCUCAGCCACCAGAGAUCCGUUUAUUUGUUACCGUUCAUGCCUCCAUCGAGUGUAUUCAGGUGGAGUGUAUCCACAUGAUAACACAUGCCAUGCUCAUCUUGGUUGAGCGUCUCUGCAGAACAACAUAGUAACAUCUCUCCCUACUCCUCGCCCUACCAUUAUUAUCAAUAGAUUCCCAGCACCAUGUCCCCCCCAGCAUCGGCUGCGACAGCGAGUGAAAGCAGCACCACCGUUUUGGAGGAGGACACCAGAGAGGAGCAAAAACCCCUGAAGCAGUCUCUGAGCAAGUCACUAUGCCGGGAGAGUUUUUGGAAAUGCCUUCUCCUGUCCAUACUCAUGUAUGGCUGCAUGGGAGCCAUGGUUUGGUGUCAUGUCACCAAGGUGACCCGCCUCACCUUUGACAGUGCCUUCAAAGGGAAAUCCAUGAUGUACCAUGACAGUCCCUGCUCUGAUGGCUACAUCUACAUCCCACUGGCCCUACUGGGAAUGCUCUACUUGGUCUAUCUUGUGGAGUGCUGGCACUGUCAUGUCAAGAACGAGCUGCAGCACAAAGUGGAUGUGGAGGGCAUCUACGAGCGCAUCCAAAGGAUGCAGCAAGCCAAGCCCUGCAUCUGGUGGAAGGCCAUCAGCUAUCACUAUGUUCGCAGAACCCGGCAAGUCACGCGCUAUCGCAAUGGAGACGCCUACACUAGUACCCAGGUUUACCACGAACGUGUCAACACACAUGUGGCAGAAGCAGAAUUUGACUACAGUCACUGUAACGUCAAAGAUGUUUCCAAACAGCUGCUGGGCUUGGGGAAGUCAGCUCUCACUAAGAUGCGCUUCACCAAGUGCUUCAGUUUCGCCAACGUAGAGUCUGAGAAUUCUUACCUUACGCAGCGAGCCAGGUUUUUCACCGACAAUGAGGGCCUUGAUGACUACAUGGAAGCCAGGGAAGGCAUGCACCUGAAAAACAUUGACCUGAAGGAGUACGUCAUGGUUCUGUCCGACCCAGACCACCACCCCUGGUAUCUGUCCCACUACGUCUUCUGGUUCGCCUCAUUCUUCACUUUCUCCUGGCCUCUCAGGGUCUUCACAGAGUAUCACACUGCAUACGUCCACUACCGCGUUGAGAAGCUCUUUGGGUACGAUUACAUCCCUGUGACGCCAUGUGAUGAUCGGCCAUAUUGGCGGCGUAUCCCUCGUGUUAAUACCAUUGACAGUACGGAACUGGAAUGGCACAUUAGGUCCAACCAGCAACUGGUGCCCAGUUACUCGGAGGCUGGCCUGAUGGACCUAGCCCAAUGCCCGUCCAGCUUCAACGGGCUCCGUCAGAAUUGUGAGCGCUGCCACCGAGCCAUCAGCUGCUCCUCAGUGUUCUCCAGGAGUGCCCUGAGCAUCUGCACCGGUGCCAGCUCCCGCAUCCCCUUCAGCGGCAGCCGCUUCUCCUUGGCGCGGCGCUACGGGUCCCAGCGCAGCUGCUUCUGGAGGAGCGGGAGCUUGGACGACCAGGAGAGCCCCAGCGAAAAUACCCGCUGUCUCUCAGUGCGCCCCGCCACAGAUGAAGAGGAACCCCCAGAAUAUGAGGACGCACUUUGCUACCCAGUGCUCAUCGUCCACUGUAGCGAGAAUUGCCACAACCACAGGUCCUUGCACAGAAAUGGUUCCUGUGUGGAGACUUCCUUAUGACAACUGACAAAACAGUAGCAUUUCUGUAGCAGACAAACACUUUGGACAUCAGAAACAGACUAUGUGAACACGUCUUAAUGUGGGGUACACCGAUUAAUGCUGUAUCGGCACACUACCUGAAGCAAAUUCCUGAAUCCUGAUUGUGAGAAUCACCAAAGCAAUCACAGUGAUUAGUGAGGGGGAACAAAGCGAUGGUGGUAUGUAAACCUACAAUGCACACACAUGGAAGAAAUAAAUCUGUCUGGCUUCCAAUGACAACCAAGCAGACACAGACUGUUACACUGGACAUCCUUGCCAUAGCUUUCAAGGUCUCUUGUUUGACACACAUAUCAAACUGAAGCUGUAGUUACCUCAUAAGACCUUUUCCGAGGCCACAGACGAGACGGGCAGGUUUAGACAUCUCAAUCAUUCAGUCCAGUCAGAUUUUUACAGCAAUAACUUUGAAAAAAAAGUGAAAAGUGUGAGGAGGAACAUCAGAGAAAUAUGUUGGGCUAAUGCAUGUUACAGAGAGACAUCGGUCAACUUUGAAACCUCCAAUCCAGAAGAGACAAACGUUCUCUUGGAUACUCUCAUUCACUCACAGUUAUACGAAUCUAUGACAUUUUACAUCACAGGGAACUGUUGUAAUUUUACUUUUUACCGAGUACCUACUACUUUUUAAAUGUAUUUUUACUUAUGUUAGUGACUUGGUGCAUUCCCCAGAAUGCCUUUUACAUUGCCAGAAAGCUGGUAUAAACCUGUUUUCUUGUGCCCUUUAUUUGAAGCAAAUUGUGUUUGGUUGCAUUUUAGUUUAUCAAGGCUUCUGUUUGAUGGAGAAUUUGUUAUAACUGAUGUAUUUAUUCUACAAUUGAUUUCUCCCUAUUUGACUGUUGACUGUUGGUGCUAUAUGGCAGCUCCGGAGAGAAACUCGCCUUUAUUUUGGAUGUUAAUGUUUACAGUUGUUGUUUUUGAAACAUUUUGUCCUACAAACCUCCAAUGUAGGGGUGGGAAGAUAUUUGUGUAACUGAAACUGAAUAGUUUUUAUUUUAAUUGCUCAACUUGAAUAGCAUAAUUUCAAAUUGAAUGUAUUAGUUUAAUAUGUUAAUCUUUUUAAUGCAACUAUUCAAGUUGGGUCAAUCAAAUCCAGUUUCCUGUGACUAAUAUUUCUGCUCAUAUAUUGAGGUUGGGAUUUGGAUCUAACAUCUGGCACCUGAUUUGUAUCAACUAAUCCAGAAAACGGAUUAAAGUCAGUCUUCAGUGAAUGCAAUGUAAUUGUUUUUCUACCUACUGCCACGACUAAACACGCCGACAACUGUGGUACAAACACAUACAUGUCACCACAUUCUUGUGGUCAGAAAAGACAAGGACAGGUUUACAUUCAGUCUACCACACAGGUGGAUGUCACAUCGAUCACUAUCAUUAACCACAGUGUGUGUGUCACUGCAAAAAGAACAAUAUAUACUCACAUUUGCAUGAUUUCAUUCUGCUAAGAAAACGUGUUAAUAACCAUACCUGAAUGUAAACCACCAGCAUAUGAUAUAUUGUAGUAUAUGUUCAUUAUGUCUAUAGUAAAGGAACAAUGCUCAAUUUUUUACCUGUAAAAUAUAACAUUUCCCCGUCAAGUGUAUUGAAUGUGCUCAGACAGUGGUGGAGCACAGCACACACCAACAUGUCACCAUGUUCCUAAAGAUGUUGAUUCAUCCCUGACUCUUUUGAGAAGAGUUUACAGGGAGAUAUGCAAGGAUGCAAACACACUUAUGUUUACACGUGGACAUCAUACAACCUUUAUAAGACUUUUUUAAGGAACAUAUUGUAUGCAUCCUAGCAAAACUUGUUCUUACAUUGUUGUGACACCAGUAUUAUGCACUUGACUAGACAUUAUGAAUUGUAGUGAAGCUGAAUGUUGAUGUAAAUUCCCUUCAAAUGAUAAAGUAUUCAAGCUGAUAUAUUGAUAUGCUCAGACAUAAAACAACCACUUAAUGCUUCUUGUUCAAUGAUGUUAUCCUCAUAACCAAAUGGGCUGUAUUAAUAACUUGAUUACCUUUUCAAUGAUGUAUUCAAAUUGAUCUUAUGCUGGAAAAUAUGUUUUGGGAAGUCCAUGUAUGUUUAAAACAUGGUCCUGGCUCGGAUCCUCAAACAUUUCUGACUGAACACAUUUAGAAAACUUGCUGUUGGAAUAGCACAGUUGUAAAAAAUAAAACGAAUGAAGGUGGUUGCAUGCUGACUCCCUGUCACACCUAAUGAACUGUAUGUCUGGAUUUAGCUUUCUGGUGAGUUAUACUGUAACAGUUUACCAUUUUUAUACUUUAAAACAA